UCGCAGUGUUAGAUUUUUGGUUGGCGACAUUUUCCAAAGCUAUCGAAUGAAAAUCAAAUAAAACCUAAGUGAAAUAUCAAAGAUACUCAGAGUCACAAGUAUCAGGAUUACAGUAUUAAACAUGUUUGCUAAAAGAAUUGUUAAAGUAGGUGUUCCUAUAUUUGCUGCCACUACUAUUAUGGGAGUAUAUAACACCAAUAGUCAUAUAAAGAAUGAACCAAAAAGGAAAUUUUAUGAGGAUGAAGUGGAUGUUGUUCCUCGUCCAGGCACUGUUGUUCCAGCUUCAGGAACUGAAUUAGAAGCACUUGGACCUAAUAAGAUCGUGGAAGGUAUUUCAGUUCGUUCUCCUACUGCUGUUGAAUCAUUUUUCAAAUCAGGUCGUGAAAUUACAUCUGAAUAUUAUACAAAAUUACAAGGUUAUAUAAAUCAAGGUUAUUCAAAAUAUAAUGAAACUGAACGUCAAGUAACUGAUUCAGUAAGUGCAUUACAUAAUAGAUCAGAAGAUUUAUUACCAAACUCAAUCUACAUUGUCAUAGCUACUUUAUCUGGUAAUAUAGCUGCUCGUCAAAGAGGGGUGAUUUCAAAAAUUACAUUCCCAGUCAUUUUAGGUAUUGCAUCAUUUAAAUAUUUCUUACCUCAAACCUAUAUCAAUACCAAGAACUUCAUUUGGAAAUUGGAACAAGAUAAAUUACCUCAAGUGGCUGAACAACAAGUGUUUGUAUAUAAUCAAGCUGAUUCCUUAGUUAAAACCAUUGAACAAACUUCCGAUUCAAGUAUUAAAACCGUCGAAUCUUCAAUUCAAAGUUUAAGAAAAUCAAUUGCUGAUAUUACAGGUUUGAAUAUCGAUGAAGAAGUUUCUAAAAAGUAGAUAUCUUCUAUAGACAUACAUACAUAAAAUAUACACUGUAAUGAAAGAAAGACAUUUCCAUUUUGGGCGUACCACAUAUUUUGCAGGUUUUUGUAAAAGUGCAAAAAAAGAGAGUCGCUACCUUUUUUUAUGGUGGAUGUACUUUUUGUAAAUUAUUUAUUUAACCGCCAAUUAUAGACUUUUCUAAAAACGAAGAUUGAA